AUUUGAAAGCCCGAAGCGACAGCGCGUCGCUGGUCGGAAGCUGUCACUUUUCCCUGUCCCUCGCUUUCUCUGUCUCGUUUUUUCGUAAGCAUACACACACACUCUCUCUCUCUCCACAUUAUAACUACCGAAGAUGGGCUCAGCCCUCUCAAAAGACAUCCGCAAGGCGCGCAGGAAAACAACGCUAGACCUAUCCAAGCGCGACAUCAAAAUACUGCCCAAGGAUAUCAAGGCCUGCAAGAAACUGACAACGUUGAAUCUCUCGAGCAACUUGUUGAUUGAUUUGCCGCCGGAGUUGGGAAGGCUCACGAAGCUGCAAAUAUUGGAUUUUUCGCAAAACAAUGUCAACUAUUUCCCACCGUCAUUGCCGAAAUCUUUGGUGGAGAUUCAUGCCGGCAACAAUCGCCUCUUCUAUUCACCCAUGACGCCGCUAAUCGGCGAGCUAUCGAAUCUUCUCACGUUGGACUUGAGCGGAAAUCAGUUGGAGGACAUCAUACCCGAGGUUGGCAAUCUGCACAAUCUUAAAGUGUUGCAGCUGCAUCAUAACGAUCUCAAGGGUCUUCCCCGCUGCAUCUUCGUCCUCCCCUCCCUUGAGCAACUCGACGUCGGCUUCAACAAGAUCAAGACUGUCAGCGACGAUAUCGGGGGGCUCAAGACGCUACAGAGGUUCGAUAUCAGCAGCAAUCUGCUGGUGAAGUUGCCGGAAUCCAUCGGGAAAGUGACGACGCUCAGGUGGCUGGCGUUAGGGAAUAAUGCGUUGAGGACGCUGCCGGAUUCGUGCGGCAACCUAAUCAACCUAGAAGAACUCGACAUCCAAGAAAACCACCAGCUUGACGACCUCCCCUCCUCCCUCUCGCGUUGCACCAAGAUGCUUAAGUUCAACAUGCGGAAUACGAAGCUGGAGAAGAUACCCCUGGGCGUGCGGAAUUGGACGCUGCUGACGGAGCUGAUUAUGAAGGAUAAUGGGCAGAUGGAGGAUUUGCCUGAGAUUCUCGGCAACCUGAGAGCGCUAAAAGUGCUAAACUGCGACAGCUGCUCGAUCAGCCAGGUGCCGGACCAGAUCGGCGGGUUGCAGAACUUGCAGCAUCUGGAUCUGCGGCACAACCAGCUGAACUCGUUCGCGAUACCUACUACGAUACGGACGCUGAAGCUAUUGGUGAAGCUGUUUUUGAACAACAACAUGAUCGAAAUCCUCCCCGACGAAAUCUGCGAGAUCCGCACCCUAACAGAGCUAGACAUCUCGCACAACCUAAUCAUCUCGCUCCCGGAAGAUAUCGGCAACCUAGACCAGCUGGACCGGCUCUUUGCAAGCAACAACAAGCUGGAGACCGUACCCGCUUCCAUCGGGAAGCUGAAGAAGCUGACAGUGCUAGAACUCCGAAGCAACACAAUGAACUUCCUACCCAGUGAGAUCUCGGAACUGACGUCGUUGAACAGGAUGGAUCUAUCGCAUAACCGGAUCAGCGAUCUGCCGCCUUCGAUGCAUACCAUGACCAAUUUGCAGAAACUGGAUCUCCGCGACAACCCGUUCGAUUCACCGCCUCAGCAUGUGAUUGUACGCGGGACGGAGGCCGUGCUCGUUUAUCUGAAGGAGCAGUCGGAGAAGGCUGCGAAAGGGGAGGGACAGGAGAUGGGGCGGAUGAGGGCUGUGCAUUAGCGUGUGUUUGGGGAGUUUCGAGCUUUUUGGGGGAUAGGGGCGACAUUGGGGGGACGCUGCGGAGUUUUGGAGAUACCGGGAGGGAAAGGGAUAUUUGCAUAUUUCUUUUUGUGAAAUAGAACUUG